AUUUUCAAACAAACAAAUGAAACAAUGUUACGUGACUAUUACGAUUACUUAAAAGCGAGCGUUGAUUAGAUCGAAUGGCUCGAUAACGAUCUAUUUAUUUAAAAUAUAUGUAUAACAAAAUGCAAAGCGGCGGGCGCAGAAAAACAUUACUUUCCGCUUUCUCGGUUCGACCGAACCAAUUUCAGUCGGACGAUCGAUGGCUUCAGUGUCAGUUCGCGAGAUUAAGUAAUCACGAACGGUUGUAUGCACCGGGCAACGAAAUUUUCUCGAAUGUCGAAGAAAAUAUCGAGCGUGACGUUCUUUUAUCGUGGCAAACGUUUUCACGACUUUAACGCGCCUUCGAAAUUAUUCAUUUCUCAUCGCUUCUUCUUUAAUAAAUUAAAUCAACGAAGUAAGAGAGCGGAAUAACGGAACAGGAGCGAAUAAAAGGGAAGGACGAGGAAAGGAAAGGAAGAAACGGAGGAAUUCUUUCCGAGAUAGGAAAGAUGAAAAAAAUCGAGCAAUUGUCCAAGCGUUCAGUGAUGCGAAAAAGGAAAGAUAUCCGAUCGAAGUCGGGAUCGCUCGUCCUGCCAGAGUAUUGUUGGGUAUCGUCGAGUCUCUCCGACCAUCCGAACAGAUACGCUUACGUAUCACCGAGUCAUUCGUUCGCGUACGCAUGGGACGAUUCUAAUUCCAGAUACCAACAUGAGUGCAUCGAUUGGAAAGCAUCCAAGAAAUAUACUUUUUCUGGAAGCGGUAUGGGGAACGUUAUGCCAUGGUUGGUGUCGAUGUGUCUUCUAGGCAUGCAGGAGUUUGUCGGUCAGCCUGGAAGUAACGCGUUGCCGCGGCAACUCGAGACGACGCCUCCGAAAAGCGGUUCUCCUAACUUUCGAUCGUCUCUAAGGAAUUACAAGGCACUGAUAGCGGGUCACGACGAGUUGCCUGGUCACAUAACGUGCAUCUCGCCUAAACCGGAAGAAAACUUAUCGGAUAAAUUCCCUACUACCCCCGAGUACAGUAAUCAUCUGUACGGUUCGACACCAGAUUCGAGCGAGUACUUUCUAAGCAACUUCGACAGAAGUAGAUCUCGUUCGAGACCGGCCAGUAGGAAUUUGAACACGUUUAAGAGCGAUCCUCGAUUGACGAAUCAGCUCGAAAGCCACGGGCUCAAUUACGAUCCUGGACGAGGACAGGUCGAAGAGGAUUACGUUGGCCCUGCCAUGCAACUGGUCUACGCUUGGUCCACGAUCGAUUACGUAUACGAUAGCGUGGAGGCUAGGGAUUCGGCCAUCUUCGACGGAGAUUUCAUCGCGGAGAAUAACCUCCCUCUUGGUCUGGAAGUUUCGAAGGACAAGGUUUUUAUCACUCUACCGAAAUGGAAAGAAGGAAUCCCGGUUACGUUGGCCACUGUUCCGAAAAACUCCAAGACUAAGAGUCCAAAGUUGAGACCGUAUCCGGAUUGGGGCUGGCAUCAAAAAGGUAACUGCGACGGUCUGACCUCGGUGUUCAGGAUCCAGGUGGACGAAUGCGAUCGUCUGUGGGUUCUCGACACCGGCAAAACGAACGUAGCGGAGGGUGGAAAGCAAAUCUGUCCUCCGGCAAUCUUUAUUUUCGAUUUAACCACGGACACGCUGAUUAGAAAGUACGUUCUACCGGAAGAGCAAGUGAAAGAAGAUUCCUUGUACACGAAUAUCGUUGUUGACAUUAGAAACGAGGACUGUGGUUCGGCGGUGGCGUACGCUUCCGACGUAUUCAGAUACGGAUUGCUCGUCUACAAGUUCUUCGAGGACUCAUCGUUCAGUUUCCAACACCAUUACUUCUAUCCGGAUCCAUUGGCUGCCAAGUACGAGCUCCACGGCACGAAAUUCCAAUGGACGGACGGGAUUUUCGGGAUCGCUUUGAGUCCGGUCGACAUCCACGACGACAGAACCUUAUUUUUCCAUCCUUUGUCCAGCUUUCGAGAAUUCGCGGUGUCCACGUCGAUUCUCCGAGACAAGAGAACCGUCCAAGAGAAUUCGGACUAUUUCGUGCCCAUCGGCAGACCCAGAGCCAAGGAUUACGGGCAUUCCUCGGGUUCCGUGAUAGACAGAAACGGCGUGAUGUUCUUCAACAUGGUCACCAGAGAUUCUGUUUGGUGCUGGGACACCAGGAAGGAGUAUAUACCUCAGAAUCUUGGGGUCAUAGGAACCAGCAAUCUUUCCUUGGUCUUUCCGAACGAUAUCAAGGUGGAUCACGAGUACGAUCAGAAUAUAUGGUUACUCUCGAACAGACUAGCCAUGUAUCUUUACGGAAGCGUCGAUAGUAGCAAGAUCAACUACAGAGUGUUCAAGGCUAACGCUAAAGAAGCUGUCAAGGACACCGUAUGCGACCCUAAUCACCUGGUGGUUGCUUCCGAACACGGUUACGACGAGACAUGCUGAACUUUCCGAAAGUGUUG